AUGACUGUUCAUGCUAUCACUAAUGCUGUGAAGAUUUUGGUUCAGAAUGUGCAAGAAAGGAGAGGUGAAGAGGAGGUCCAAAAUGUUAACAGGCAGCUUGAACCACCUGUUGAACGAUGUAGUAUACGACAUGGAUGGAGAAAGGGAGAGACUGGAAGAGAAGGAAGGGGUGAAGAGGAGGAAGUAGAAUGUUUUCUUAAGCAGCAUUCACAAGAACGGAGAGGGAAAGAAGAUGGAAGAGAGAAAGGAUUUCGUGAAAAGGAGGAAGUGCAAAAUUUGGAGGAGAAGCCUUCUCUGUCCACACCGGAACAAUGUGAUUUUGGACCUGCUUGGGAAGAAGCUGGAGGACAACAACUAGAAUGGUAUUAUGAGACAGAGGAGAAGAAACAGGUCCAAGAUGUUUAUGAGAAUCCCUCAGAGCCAACUUUUAAAAGUUGUAACAUUGGGCAUGAUCGAAGAGAAGAUCAAUCUAAAGGAGACCAUGAAGAAAAGGAUAAUGAGGAAGAGCUCCAAAUUGUUGAUGUACAGCAAUCAGAAUCCUCACUUCCUGUACAGACAACCCUUGAAGAAAGGAAAGAAGAGGAGGAGGUUGAAGCUAUUGAGGAGCGGCCUGCUGGGACUCCUGUUGAAGAGUACAGUACUGGACAUGUAUGCAUAGAAGUAGAAGAUGCACAACACAAAGAAGGAUUGGAUGAUGAUGAUGUCCAAGUUGUUGACAUGCAGUCAUGUUCUGCACAACCCAUGGUUGAACAAAAUAGCAUUUGA